AUGAGUUUGCAGAAUAAGGGCCUCAGGGAAGUUCAGGCUAUACUACUACCAUCAAUGGGGGUUCCGCUGCCCCCAGAGACCGAUGAUACGCUUAUAGAUACCGACGAACAAGGUCAAGCGACAGAACAAAAUCAAACAGGGACACAGCUAGCGACUGACACGGCUAAUGAGAGCCGUCCUUCGACAUCGACGUUGACAAAUACGGCAGAGUUCAUUCCACAGCUUUUCUACUCGCUGCAUCAGAUCAGAAAGGAUCCAAAUAAUUCCGCAAAGCAGCUGGAAACAUCCACAGCAUUUAUAAAGCACAGACUUAAGAGUUGUAAAGCUCUGAUAGCCAACAAUGAAGAUUGUAAGCGUCUAUUAAGUAAAACCCCGGAAGAAUGGCACCUAUACAUUCAAAAUCGCGAGGAAGAACUACAGCUCAAGAGACAACUGCUAAAGGACUUCAAGGACAAAGUAAAGACACUUCAAGAAAGUCGAUAA